AUGUCUGUACCGUCAUUGAGCAACAACUCUGCCUUCCAGGCGCGAUCACUCUUUCGAUCUCUCCUCCGUCAAGCAAACCAAUUCUCCGCUUAUAACUUCCGAGAGUACGCGCGAAGACGGACCAUCGAUGCCUUCAGAGAACACCAGCAUGAGACCGAGGAGCGGAAGAUACAAGAGUUGAUGCAGAAGGGGUUGACAAAUCUACAGAUGAUGAAGGUAGCAACCCUAUCUCCUAAUGCCAUCCGAGCACUGGCUAAUGCUACAUGCUCAAUAGAGACAAACAGUGAUAAGCCAGUUCUACCAGCUCGACAGACUAGUUGUAGAAGGGCAGAAGUCGGUACGUUGAAGGCUUGA